AAGCCCAGAAAUCCCAAUCAUGGACAACAGUGCGUACUACUGCUACUGCUGCCUUCUAGCUCUUCUUCCACCUCUAUACUUUCUCGUCAAGUUCUGGUGGAGAACUUCCUGUGCACGUCGUAGCCAUGGACUCCGGCUCCCUCCAGGCCCAUGGCAGCUCCCCAUCAUCGGCAGCAUCCACCACCUCCGCGGCUCCCUCGUCCACCGGGCCCUGCGAGACCUGUCGCUCCGCCACGGCCCACUCAUGUUCCUCAGGCUCGGCGAGGUGCCGGUGGUCGUCGCGUCCACGCCGGACGCCGCGAAGGAGUUCAUGAAGACCCACGACGCCACCUUCGCGACGAGGCCAAUGACCCUGAGCGCCAAGGUCUUCGCGAAGGACGGGCCGGGGAUCGUGGUGGCCCCGUACGGCGGCGACCACUGGCGGCAGCUCCGCAAGAUCUGCAUCGUGGAGCUCCUCAGCGCCCGCCGCGUCCGGUCGUUCGGGCCCGUGCGCGAGGAGGAGGCGGCGCGGCUGGUCCAGGCCGUCGCCGGCGCCUCGACGCGGCGCGCGCCGGCACCGGCGCCGCUCGUCGACCUCGGCAGGCUCGCCGCCGUGUACGUCGCCGACGCGUCGGUGCGCGCCAUCGUGGGCAGGCGGUUCGGGGAGACGGACGCUCUGCUGCGCUUCGUGGACGAGAGCGUCAGCCUGGCCGGCGGGUUCACGCCCGUCGACCUGUUCCCGUCGUCGCUGCUCGUUCGCGUGCUCACCUUGCGCCGGACCGUGCGCAGGCUGGAGCACUUCCGCGAGUCCUUGUUCGGCUUCAUGGAUGGAGUGGUGCGUGAGCACCUCGAGAGGAAGCAGUCAUCACGUGGUGGAGGAGGAGGAGAAGAAGAAGAAGAAGCUGACAUGGUCGACGUUCUCCUCCGGAUCCAACAGGAGGGAAACCUAAAGUUCCCUCUCACCAUGCGCAUAAUCGAAGCAGUGAUAUUUGAUCUCAUCGCAGGGGGUAUCGAGACAGCGUCAUCGACGCUGCAGUGGGCGAUGGCGGAGCUGAUGCGGAACCCUGCCGCCAUGUCCAAGGCGCAAGCCGAGGUCAGGGGAGUCUACGCGGGGCAGACGAAGGUAACCGAGGACCGACUAGGCGAGCUACCCUACCUGCAGCUGGUGAUCAAGGAGACCUUGCGGCUGCACGUCCCGGGGCCGCUGCUGAUCCCGCGGGAAUGCCAGGAGCACUGCCGCGUGCUCGGCUACGACGUGCCCAAGGGCGCCAUGGUGCUCGUGAACGCGUGGGCGAUCGCCCGGAGCCCGGAGUACUGGGAGGAGCCGGACGCGUUCGAUCCCGACAGGUUUGCCGGUGACGCGGCGAGGGAUUUCAGGGGCAACGACUUCGAGUUCAUACCGUUCGGCGCUGGGCGACGGAUCUGCCCUGGGAUGGCGUUUGGGCUCGCCAAUAUCGAGCUCGGGCUGGCCAGCUUGCUGUUCCAUUUCGACUGGAGCCUGCCGGAGGGCGUCGUUCCAAGUGAGAUGGACAUGGCUGAGACCAUGGGAAUCACUGCUAGGAGAAAGGCAGACCUCCUGCUGUCCGCUACUCCGCGUGUCGUCCCACGCCCGAGUUAAAUUCAUGGUUCCCGUACAAUUUAGAACCAAUGAACUUCUCUUGCUUGCCUCUGAAAAAAAACUAAUAAUAAUUGUGUUGACUGUUUGGUUCGCUUC